AUGAAUUUGGAUAUAAGACUUGUGAAAAUUUCUAGAAAUAUGAUAAGACCAUAUAUAUUAAAUCUAAAUAUUAAAUGGCAAAAUUUGCAAAUUAUAACUUAUGCAUUUUCUACUUUAAAAUAUUGGAAUAAUAGAAUUAAAAGAAAUAAUAAUAAAAUUAGUUAUAAUAAUAACUGCAACUAUUUAAAUAUGAAUAAUAAUUUAAAAUUACCAAAGGGAUUUGAAAGAUUUAAUAAAGAUAAUGAUUCAUAUUCAAAUACAACUACAAAUGAAAAAAAGAAAAUAAAUAAUAUAAAUAGGAAUAAUAAUAAGUCAAAUAAAGUGGAUAUUGAGCAAUCUAUAUUAUUUAUGAUAAGUAGUUUAAUUGGUUUCAUAAUUUAUACUUCAAUAAGAAAUAAUAAUAAUAAGAUUACAUUUCAAGAAUUUCUUUCAUUAUAUCUUAGUAAAGGUUUAGUAGAAAGAAUUAUUAUAUUUAAUGGUGAAAUAGGAAGAGCAUACUUAAAAAGUUUACCAAAUGAAUUAAUACAUACAAAAUUAUCAUCUAAUUAUGAUGAUACACAAUUAUCAAUAAAUUCAAAUUCAGAAUAUACAAAAUUAAAUAAUAUAAGAUCAAAACCUAAAAUGAUAGAUUUUACAAUUGGAAGUUUAGAUUCAUUUGAAAGACAGGUUAGAGAUAUACAAAUACAUAUGGGUAUUGAUAUAUUAAAUCAUAUACCAAUUGAAUUUUCUAAAUCUACUUUAUUUCAUGAUUUUUUAAGAAAUUUUAUUCCAACUACAUUAGGUUUAUUAUUUACAUUAUCAUUAUUAAGAAUAGGUUCAAGAUCAUUAAAUAAUAAUAAUCCUGAUAAAUUAUUUAGAAUGGGACGUAUUCAACCAAUUAAAAUAAAAGAUAUAAAAUCAAAUGUAAAAUUUGGUAAUGUUGCUGGUAUGAAAGAAGCUAAGAAUGAAAUACAAGAAUUUGUAGAUUUUUUAAAAGAACCAAAACGUUAUGAAUUUUUAGGUGCAAAAAUACCUAAAGGAGCAUUAUUAGUUGGUCCACCAGGAACUGGUAAAACAUUAUUAGCAAAAGCUGUUGCAGGUGAAGCAAAUGUACCUUUUUUUUCUAUAUCAGGUAGUGAUUUUAUUGAAAUAUUUGUUGGUAUUGGACCAAGUAGAGUUCGUGAUUUAUUUUUUCAAGCACAAAAAAAUGCACCAAGUAUUAUAUUUAUUGAUGAAAUUGAUGCAAUUGGAAAAAAAAGGGGAAUAGGUGGAUUUGCUAAUAAUUCAAAUGAUGAAAGAGAAAAUACAUUAAAUCAAUUAUUAGUUGAAAUGGAUGGUUUUACAUCAAAAAGUGGUAUAAUAGUAUUAGCUGGUACAAAUCGUGCUGAUAUAUUAGAUCCAGCAUUAAUAAGACCAGGUAGGUUUGAUAGAAUUAUUAUUAUUGACAAACCAGAUUUACAAGAACGUAAAGAGAUAUUUCAAGUUCAUCUUAAACCUUUAAAAUUAAAUUCAAAGUUAAAUAUUGAUGAAUUAUCUAAUAGAUUAUCUACUUUAUCAUCUGGAUUUACUGGUUCAGAAAUAGCUAAUAUAUGUAAUGAAGCAGCAAUUUUUGCUGCAAGAAGAAAUACUAUUGAUGGAAUAGAUAUAAUUGAUUUUGAACAAGCAAUUGAAAGGAUUAUUGGUGGUUUAAAAAAAAAUAAUAAUUAUCUUUCUUUUAAUGAAAAAAGAAUAGUUAGUUUUCAUGAAGCUGGUCAUACUAUUGUUGGAUGGUUUUUAAAAAAUACUGAUCCUAUUUUAAAAGUGUCAAUUAUACCCAGAACUAAUGGUGCAUUAGGUUUUGCACAAAUAUUACCAAGUGAAGUCAAUUUAUAUACAAAAGAUACUUUACUUGAUAAAUUAGCUGUACUUUUAGGUGGUAGAGCUUCUGAAGAACUUUUUAUUGGUACAAUUACAACUGGAGCUAUUGAUGAUUUACAAAAAGCUACUAAAAUAGCAAAUGAUAUGAUUUUACAUUAUGGUAUGAAUUCAAAUAUAGGUUUAGUAAGCUAUUUUUCAAUGAAUGAAUCUCUUAAGAUUUCUAAUUUAUCAAAUAAUUCAUUUUAUAAACCAUUUUCAGAAGCAACUGCUCAAAUUAUUGAUAAGGAGACUAAUUCUUUAUUAAUAGAACAAUUUUAUAGAGCAAAAAGAAUUCUUCAAGAGAAAAAAAAUUUAGUAUAUAAAUUAUCAAAUUUAUUAAUUGAAAAAGAAACCCUUACAAUAGAAGAUAUAACUGAAUGUAUUGGUCCUAGAAUAUUUGAUAAUGAUUCAAAUUAUUCUAAAUAUAUUGACUAUAUUCCAAAGACUCAAUAA